AUGCAAGGACAUACUGUUGUAUUUCUAUUUCUGUUGGUGGCAUUAACUGAAGGACUUUUCUUUACAACAUCAAAAUGUCCAAUAAAAAAAUAUAAAGCAGGCAAAUAUAUAGUUGGCGAUCAAUUAUUAGUCCAUGAUGAUUUUAAAGAUCGUGUUACAUCAUUAGAAAGUGUUGCAAAAACUUGUAAAGUACAUAUCUAUGUGAAAGGUACUUACUAUCAAUUACAAAAUCCUGCUCAACAAGUUUUAGUAGCUGAUGCUGAUGUUGUUAUUGGUCAUGGAUUCAAUUUUGAGAUUCGCGAUGAAAACAAUGCACUUAUAUGCAAUAAAGUCUGUCUUUCAAAAACUCCUACGGAUUUACCAGAAGCAAAAUGCUUUCUACAGGGUCUAACAAAUCUCGGUUUAACAUGGUCACGCUAUUAUCCUGAUGUUAUAAGUGAUAAUACAUAUGCUUCGAAUACAAAUGGAUAUCAAGCACUUAAAACUGAUAUACAAACAAAAUGUCAAGGUGAAAAAUUAAAACGACAACUUACACGAGCACUUCGUCGAAUGUAUGAUGAAGAACAAGAAUCCAAUGAUGAAAAUGAUUCGGAUGAAAAUAAAAAAUAA